UGAUUGUAGUCGUCGGUAGAACUUGUACAAAAUGCCAAUACCCGACCGAAGAGGCUUGGAAAUUGUGACCAUUGACGUGAAGGAUGUUAGGUUUCCCACCUCCUUGGGCUCUCACGGAUCUGACGCCUUGCACACUGAUCCAAACUACUCGUGUGCCUACGUCACUACAAGCACAGCAAAUGGUAAGCAAGGAUUUGGCUUAACCUUCACUUGCGGUCGUGGCACCGAGAUCAUAGUCCUCACCAUCAGGUCUAUGAAGAAAUUCAUCAUCGGAAAGAAUGCUGCUGAUAUCUUCGCUGACUUCGCUGGCUUCUGGAGGACUAUUACCAAUGACUCACAAAUGCGAUGGAUUGGACCUGAGAAAGGCGUGGCACACUUGGCUGCGGCAGCUAUUCUGAACUCCUUGUGGGAUUUAUGGGCUCGCCUCGAAAACAAACCGCUCUGGAGGCUACUGGUUGACAUGGAACCAGAGCAAUUAGUAUCAACGAUAGACUUCCGUUAUAUAACGGAUGUUAUAACGAAAGAAGAAGCUAUCAAAAUGUUGAAGGACAAGCAAGCCGGCAAACAGGAGAGGGUGAAGUAUCUUAUGGAAAACGGAUACCCUGCGUAUACAACACAAGUUGGUUGGCUCGGCUACAGCGACGAGCUAGUGCAGUCAUUGUGCCAAAAGUAUCUGAAGCUUGGCUUCAAAUAUUUCAAAGUUAAAGUUGGAGUUAACUUCGAUGACGAUUACAGAAGAUGCAGCGCUGUCCGCAAGUGCAUCGGUCCUGAUAAUGUUUUGAUGGUAGAUGCCAAUCAAGCGUGGAGUGUGAACGAAGCUAUCGAAUGGAUGAAGAAGCUGGCUCCUCUGAACCCGAUGUGGAUUGAAGAGCCCACCUCGCCGGACGAUGUGUUAGGACACGCUGCCAUUUCCAAAGCUUUGGCGCCCUAUAACAUCGGAGUGGCGACGGGCGAGAUGUGUGCCAACCGCGUUAUGUUCAAGCAGUUCCUUCAGAGCGGGGGCAUGCAGUACUGCCAGAUAGACUCGGCUCGUAUCGGCGGAGUUAAUGAGAUACUCUCUGUGUAUCUUAUGGCUGAAAAACUUAAAGUGAAGGUUUGUCCUCACGCGGGCGGUGUGGGUCUAUGUGAGAUGGUGCAACACCUGCAGUACUGGGACUACGCCAGCGUAUCCGCGACCAUGCAGGACCGACUCAUCGAGUACGUCGACCAGCAACACGAACAUUUCGUGGACCCCUGCAUCGUAGAAAAUGCCAAGUACCUCGCACCUAAGCUUCCCGGAUACAGCACUGAAUUCUUACCAGGUAUAUUGGACAAGUUUGCUUAUCCAAAUGGCAGCGAGUGGCGCCGAAUGAUCAAGGAUGGACUCUUCCCACCACCUGAUGAAGCUGAAUUGGUCAACGUAUAACGUUCCUUAAAAAAUGUAUGGCAUUACGUUAAAAAUAAAUUAGUUGAAAAUA